AUGGAUUAUGUAUGUACGAGUAGCAUAUCACAGGUAAUCGGGUAUGAUCCUCCAGCAUCACCAUCCAUAACAAAGAUACCUCACGGUGCUGUCGAUAAAAAUGAACAGAUAACAUUGACUUGUGAAAUACUGGGAGGUAAUCCACUUGCGAAUAUUGUAUGGCAGUGUGAUGGAACAUCACUUGUCACUCCUACAGGUAUUCCACCGAAUAACAAAUCUGUGUCAAGUGUUCAGUUAAUAGCCACAGAAAGUCAUAAUGGUCCACCAAAUCAACCAACAGAUGUUUUAGUAGCCUGUGAAAUAACAUCAAUGAUUGUAUCAUGGCGACCCGGAUUGAAUGGAGGGAAUGAACAAUCUUUUAGAGUGGUAUGGUUGAAUAUAAUGACCCAACAAAUAGAAUAUUCAUCUGAGAUCAUGGAUUCCAGACAGGAACAGACUAAGCAGUAUAUAGUUAAGUCUUUGGUUCCAGACACAUCAUACAUCAUAUAUGUAGAAGCUGCUAAUAAACACGGCAUUGUCAGAUCAACAGAUAAUGAUAACUGUACCACCAGAUCAAGUUUAUAUAACAGUCAACCGAAUAAUUCUCUGGCCAUGAGUGUUGGUGCAGGCAUUGGAUCAUCUGUGUUCAUAUUAUUAGUAGCAGGUCUUGUAGUUUUGAUUUUGAAGAGGAGGUUGAAUAAUAAAGAAGAAAAAAACAAGUUGUAUCACUCAAUGGAUCCUGGUACAUGUCGACAAAAGACAAGUAAUGAUCAACAUAACUAUUGUGAACUCCAAACAACAAGAAUGGAUUCGAAUCCUGACUGCAUACAAUUAAACAGGUAA